AUGUGGACAGCUAAAAGUCUUUGUAGUGCUCGAAUUCUGUUGCUUCAGUUGAAAGAUGGCAGAUUGUGCAGUUGCAUGUUUCCAAAAACUCAGCAGGUUUGGACUGGAUUUUUAAACUAUUGCACCAUAAGAGCACCACGUAACAGAGUUAAAUUCCAGGUUUCCAAGGUCAAUGAUAAACGAUCAUUAGUAGAUACAAGAAUGACUACUAGUGCAGAGGGAACUAAAAUAGCUGCUGGAAAAAGUCUCAGUGGAGUAUAUGAUGAAAGCCAACAUUCAUUAGAAGCAAAAAUGAAACACAUCAAUCUGUCAUUUGCAGCUUGCGGGUUUCUGGGUAUUUACCACUUGGGGGCAGCAGCUGCUUUUUACAGGCAUGGUAAGAAGUUACUGAAAGUUGUGAAAGCUUUUGCGGGAGCUUCUGCGGGAUCACUGACUGCCACUGUCUUAUUAGCAGUACCAGAAAAUAUAGAGAAAUGUAAGCAGUUUGCCUAUGGAUUUGCAGAGGAAGUUAGAAAAUUGGACUUUGGUGCUGUAACGCCUGGUUAUGAUUUUAUGAAAACACUUAGGGAAGGCAUAGAGUCUAUUCUUCCUUCCAAUGCUCAUGAGAUAGCUGAGAACCGGCUCUAUGUGUCAGUCACUAACACCAAAAAUGGGGAAAAUCACUUGGUUUCAAGUUUUGCCUCCAGAGAGGACCUCAUUAAGUUUGAAACCAUUACCACUCAUCCUAUUACUACAGUCCCUGAUAAAGAGUCGCACCUCAUCUUCCCU